AUGGUGAAGCGAACACCGUCGAAAUCGAGCCGCACUCGAGCGCCCAGCUGGCAAAAGGACCUCUCCAUCAUCAAACGCCUGAGGGCGAAAGGAGACGCUCCCGUUGAUUUCAUCGGAUGUGAACGCCUGGCCGACGCGAAGGCUUCCAAAAAGACCUAUGAAUGGCAAUGCCUGGUGGCUGCCAUGCUGUCUUCGCAGACCCGAGACCAAGCCACCGCUGCGGCCAUGGGAGUUUUGCACAAGCACGGCAACAGGGUGGAGAACAUCGCCGCCACGACCGAGCCGAAGCUGGCGAAGCUGAUCAGCGCGGUUGGCUUCCACAAUGUGAAGGCUAAGACGCUGAAGGCUGCGGCGAAGGUCUGCCUGAGAGAUCACAAGGGGCGGAUUCCCCAAACGAUGGAUGGACUUCUCUCUUUGCCGGGCAUUGGCCCCAAGAUGGCACACUUGGUGAUGCACAGUGCAUUCAACCGCCCCACAGGCAUUUGUGUGGAUACCCACGUGCAUCGCAUCGCCAACAAGCUCCGGUGGGUGAAGAGCAGCACUCCCGAACAGACGCGGAAGAGCUUGGAAGCUUUGCUUCCCAAGAAGGAGUGGGCAGGGAUCAACGUCUUGCUUGUCGGACUCGGGCAGAUGCAACAGCAAGCUGCCGCUCAGCUACUCACGAGGGCCCUUAGCGUUCGCUGCAGGCUGGAGGCCGUGCGCCUCCUGCAACGGAUCGGCAUGUCUCUGUAUGCUGGCCAGAAUGUGGCCUUGGACAAGCUCGCGGCGGGAGACAAGCGCUUGCGGCUUGUGAAAAGACCCGUGGGAGCGAACCGUCCACGGGAGAGCUACUUCUACUUCAUGUCAGAACUCCACAGGGCGCCAAAUGCGAAGGAGCCGGGCAGAAAGUCGACGUCCACAAGCCAGGCAUCAGAGCGGGUGCCCCUGGACAAGCGGAGGUCUGGCCGGGAAGCUUCCACUUCGGCAGCUGGCUGCACCUCCGCGACCGGGCCUGCUUCAACCAGGCAGGCGUCUGCUCCUGCGCUGGAGGAGAAGCUGAAGAGGGCCAAAGCAACAGCAAGGGCCAGAGCCAAGGCACAUGCAACGCCAGAGGCAGGCAAGCGGACUGCCAAGGCGAAAGCUGCCUCCGCGAAGGAGAAGGAAAACGCGGCUGCUGGCGCAGCUCAGGCCCUUAGCCCGCCGGAGGAGGCAGCUGGGAAGGAGCAGGCGAGUGCCACUGGUUUUGAGUCGAGUGGCCAAGACUGUGUCUCCAUGCCGAUGUGUAUCCAGGAGAAGGAAAGCGCGGCUGCUGGCGCAGCUCAGGCCCUUAGCCCGCCGGAGGUGGCAGCUGGGAAGGAGCAGGCGAGUGCCACUGGUUUUGAGUCGAGUGGCCAAGACUGUGUCUCCAUGCCGAUGUGUAUCCAGGAGAAGGAAAGCGCGGCUGCUGGCGCAGCUCAGGCCCUUAGCCCGCCGGAGGAGGCAGCUGGGAAGGAGCAGGAGAAGGAAAUCGCGGCUGCUGGCGCAGCUCAGGCUAGUUUCAUCUUUAACGCCCUUAGCCCGCCGGCGGAGGCAGCUGUGAAGGAGCAGGCGAGUGCCACUGGUUUUGAGGCGAGUGGCCAAGACUGUGUCUCCAUGCCGAUGUGUAUCCAGGAGAAGGAAAGCGCGGCUGCUUGCGCAGCUCAGGCCCUUAGCCCGCCGGAGGAGGCAGCUGGGAAGGAGCAGGCGAGUGCCACUGGUUUUGAGUCGAGUGGCCAAGACUGUGUCUCCAUGCCGAUGUGUAUCCAGGAGAAGGAAAGCGCGGCUGCUGGCGCAGCUCAGGCCCUUAGCCCGCCGGAGGAGGCAGCUGGGAAGGAGCAGGCGAGUGCCACUGGUUUUGAGGCGAGUGGCCAAGACUGUGUCUCCAUGCCGAUGUGUAUCCAGGAGAAGGAAAGCGCGGCUGCUGGCGCAGCUCAGGCCCUUAGCCCGCCGGCGGAGGCAGCUGUGAAGGAGCAGGCGAGUGCCACUGGUUUUGAGUCGAGUGGCCAGGACUGUGUCUCCAUGCCGAUGUGUAUCCAGGAGAAGGAAAGCGCGGCUGCUGGCGCAGCUCAGGCCCUUAGCCCGCCGGAGGAGGCAGCUGCGAAGGAGCAGGCGAGUGCCACUGGUUUUGAGUCGAGUGGCCAGGACUGUGUCUCCAUGCCGAUGUGUAUCCAGGAGAAGGAAAGCGCGGCUGCUGGCGCAGCUCAGGCCCUUAGCCCGCCGGAGGAGGCAGCUGCGAAGGAGCAGGCGAGUGCCACUGGUUUUGAGUCGAGUGGCCAAGACUGUGUCUCCAUGCCGAUGUGUAUCCAGGAGAAGGAAAGCGCGGCUGCUGGCGCAGCUCAGGCCCUUAGCCCGCCGGAGGAGGCAGCUGGGAAGGAGCAGGCGAGUGCCACUGGUUUUGAGUCGAGUGGCCAAGACUGUGUCUCCAUGCCGAUGUGUAUCCAGGAGAAGGAAAGCGCGGCUGCUGGCGCAGCUCAGGCCCUUAGCGCGCCGGAGGAGGCAGCUGGGAAGGAGCAGGCAAGCGACACCGCCGACGCCGCAACCAAGGUGGAGGCUUCUGUGGAUCUCGGAGCCACAGACAUGGUCCAGGUGCAGGAAUCGGUAGCUGACCCUUCGGAGGAGCCUGAAGAGGACGAGUAUGACUGCGACGAGUUCGAGGCCGACGUCUCCGACGAGGAAGCGGGAAAGGAUGACCUGGAGCUGACCCAAACAUCUGCCGACACGGCCGCCAGAUCCCCGAGGUCCCCGCGCGGGUCGCGUGGGCCCAGCAAGUCGGAGGCCCCGGAGUCCCAGGCGACCGACAGACCUGGAGAGGGCUUCAAGGGCAACUCCGUGCCACCGGUUGUGGGCCUUCCACUGUCCCAGCCGGAGGCUGCAGCUCCCCCUGACUCACAGCGCAGUGUGUCCAGGAGCUUCAAGGACACUGGUGAGGUGUCGGACCACGAGAAGGAAAGCACGAGCGGAAACACAGUGGUAGCAAGCUUCGCCACCCCGUCGGCAUCGGCGACAUCCGCGCCCCCUUCGCUGCCGGUGAGUGCCAGGGACUCGUCCGCCCAAUCUUCCGCGCGUUGA